UAGACGAGUGGUGUAAAAAAAGUCGAGUUCAGUCGAGUCGAGUUCGAUACAUGCAGACACAAAGAGCGUCCACAGCAAGACGAACGAAGAGAUCGAGUCUCUGUUGAUCGCUUCCCCAAUCAUCAGCUAAUAGACAGUUCAGGGAUCUUGCCUGUCGAAGAUUGCAGCACCAUGAAGCUUGGGUUGGGUUGUUCAGGGCCUCUCAGCCUGUUACUGCUGACCCUCGCUGUCGUGGCCUCUGCCACCAGUGCUGGCUACCUUCCAGGCGUCAAUAUACACUCAUUCGAGAAGGCGAUGAUGUCAGAUUGAAGGUGAACUCUAUCACAUCCACCAGCACCCAGAUGCCCCUAGACUAUUACAGUUUCAACUUUUGUCAACCGAGUGAUGGACCUCGGAUGGACAAUAUGAAUCUGGGAGAGUUCUUGUCUGGAAAUCGCAUCCAAAACACACCCUACGUCAUCCAAAUGAAAAAGGACUUGUACUGUGAGCAAGUCUGUGUGACGAAUCUAGGCCUGAGGGAACAGCCAUUCUUGAACUCCAACAGGUUUGUCAAGGCCAUCCAUGCCAACUACCACCACAACUGGAUUGUAGACAAUUUACCGGCGGCCUCCAAGAUAGAAACAGAUCAAUUGAUCACCACCCACUUUUGGCAGGGGUUUCCUGUUGGGUUCAUUGCAGAUGACAACAAGAAGGCAUACAUACACAACCAUGUCAACAUUGAAUUGUUUUACCACCCCAUCAAAGACGCAUCAAUAGGUCCUGCGUACCGGGUUGUCAAGUUCAUAGUGGAGCCAUUUUCCGUCAAGCACGGUUUCGAUGUCAGCCAGGAGCUGGAGGAAGAUGGUUACCUUGAUACCUAUUUGCCAAGAGUGGCCAAUAUCAAGAACCCAAUUGCCUCUUGCAAUCCCAACACACCAUACACUCAAAGGCCUCACACAAACUAUGACAUGGUGGUGGAAGGAGGCAGAGAAGCACAGCCAGCUUCAGGAAAAGUCUUGUUCACGUAUGAUGUCAUUUGGACUGAAGACUACAACACGGAAUGGUCCAAUCGCUGGGAUGUCUAUCUCAGCAUGAAUGGUGCCGUACCUGAAAAAGUCCACACUGUCUCUAUUUUCAAUUCUCUUGUAUUUAUCUGUGCGCUCGUGGCUGUCUUUGUCUGUUGCGUCGUCAAAAAGCUCAAGGCCGAAAUUGCAAGAUACAGUGAUCAGCCGUCCCAAGAUGAAGAAGUCCAAAACACAUCCAGUCUCCUCCCCAGCAGCACUGGACAGGACGGGUGGAUCCGGGUCUACAAGGAUGUAUUUCGUCCUCCGACAUCACAACCCAGGCUGUUUGCUUUGGCAUGCGGUACGGGUGCCCAGAUCCUUGUCACUCUCCUCCUCAUUAUUAUUCUGGGAUGGCUGGGAUAUGUGAACCCAGCCAGGCGUGGCAGUCUAUACACAGCGGCACCAAUGUUCUUUUGUCUCAUGGGAAUCGUCAAUGGCUACGUGACAGCACGGUUCUACAAGACAUUCUUUGGCCAAUCCUGUGUCCAAACAAUCCGAUUUGCUGCCAUUUGGUUUCCAGCCAUCAAUAUGGCUGUCUUUUUGUUUCUGCAGCUCAUCUUUUGGAGCCACUCCAGUACUGCUGCGGUCCCCUUUGCCACUCUCAUGGUCCUUUUCAUCCUGGUGCUCUGUAUCCAGACUCCCCUUGUACUCUUGGGUGGUUACUUUGGGUAUCGGAAGGACCCCAUGGUGUGCAUGGCCUCCAGCAGUGACUGCCUCCCCAGUCCUGUUCCACCGCAACCAUGGUAUGUGGCAGCCCCCACCACUUUGAUUGUUUGUGGAAUCUUCCCAUUUGGAGCCUGCUUUGUGGAAACAUACUACAUCAUGGCCAGCUUUUGGUUGGAGUACUACUACUACGAAUUCUUCUUCCUCCUUGUGGUAUUUUUCCUUCUCAUUGUUACCACAGCACAAACGACAGUUCUGGCAAGCUACUUGCAAUUGAGAAAUGGAAAUCAUGAGUGGUGGUGGAGAGCCUUUGGCAAUGGGGGUGGUAUGGUUGGUUGGUUAUUUGCCUAUUCCUGCGUGUACAAUCAGCAGCUGAAUGCUCACUACCUGAGUACCCACAUCAUCUACUUUUUGACAAUGGCGAUGGUGUGCUUCGGGUUGUUUUGCAUGUUGGGGUUUGUCGGUGUGAUGGCUUCCCUUUGGUUUCACAAAAUGGUCUUUUCCGCGGCAAGGAUCAAGCUGGGCUAUGAAUUGCUUUCAGAGGAGGACAGAAUCGAUGAAUUGCAGAUGCAAGAUGUGACUGAUUCCAACGAGAACGGUGGACCGGCAGCAGAGGCAGCCGAGACAGGCGAGACAGUUAAGGAAGGAAAGACAAGGGAGGAAGGAAAUCCAACUGACGAAUAAGGUAAAGGAGAAACGACUUUCGUUCAGAUGUUUACAUGUUCAAACGAGGUCCAGUGGUUUACAUGCAUGUUUAAUGGUCGAAGAGGUUACUAUGGGCUAGAAGACUGUGCUUGAACGAUAGCAUAAUGACAAAUAUUUAAAGAAUUGGAAGACCAGAUCGUAGC